CGCCCACACGCCGCGAGGCCGGCCGGCUGCGGCACGCCGGCCGUCAGCACCGGGCGCGGGGCGGGGGGGGCUGUGACGUCACGCCGCACAGCCAAUCCCGCAGCAGAGAGCAAAACUGCCGGCGUUCAAAUCCUCCGCCUCCGCCACCCGCCCCUCACCCAUCGUCCCCGGCGGCGGCGGCGUGAGGGCUGGUGCCGGCGCCACUCCAUCGCCUUACCCUGCCGGGCGGGAGCCAGAUCCCUCGCCGAGGUGAGCUUUCCCUGUGGAAGAAGUAGCAGUCAAGAGACCUUUGCUCAACACUUGGAAAAGCAGAAAAAUGGCAUCAGAAGACAUCACUAAGCUUGUGGAGUCACUUGCCAAAACGAAAGUGGGUGGUGGGCAGUUGAGCUUCAAAGGCCAGAGCCUGAAGCUCAAUACAGCUGAAGAUGCUGAAGGAGUUAUCAAGCAAAUUGAAGAAUUUGAUGGCCUGGAAGCAUUGCGCCUGGAGGGCAACACAGUGGGUGUGGAGGCAGCAAAGGUCAUUGCCAAAGCCUUGGAGAAGAAAUCAGAGCUCAAGAGGUGUCAUUGGAGUGACAUGUUCACGGGGAGACUAAGGUCUGAGAUCCCUCCUGCUUUGACUGCUUUGGGGGAUGCACUCAUUGCUGCUGGAGCCCAGCUGGUGGAGCUGGACCUGAGUGACAAUGCCUUUGGGCCAGACGGAGUGCGUGGCUUUGAGGCACUGCUGAAAAGCCCUGCAUGCUACACGCUACGGGAACUCAAGCUCAAUAACUGUGGCAUGGGCAUUGGUGGUGGCAAGAUAUUGGCAGGUGCUCUAAAGGAGUGUCACAGGAAAUCAAGUGCCCAAGGCAAGCCUCUUGCUUUGAAAAUAUUUGUGGCUGGCAGAAAUCGUCUGGAGAAUGAUGGUGCCACUGCUCUGGCUGAAGCUUUUGGGAUCAUUGGGACUCUAGAAGAGGUCCAUAUGCCACAGAAUGGAAUUAACCAUCCUGGCAUCACAGCACUGGCCCAGGCCUUUGCUAUCAACCCACUGCUUAAAGUUAUAAACUUGAAUGACAACACCUUCACAGAGAAAGGAGCUGUGGCCAUGGCAGAGACUCUGAAGGCACUUCGGCAGAUUGAAGUGAUCAACUUUGGAGACUGCCUGGUGCGUUCGAAGGGUGCUGUUGCUAUUGCUGAUGCUGUUAAAGAAGGGCUUCAUAAAUUAAAGGAACUGAAUUUGUCCUUCUGUGAGAUCAAACGAGAUGCUGCUCUGACUGUUGCUGAGGCUGUUGAAGAUAAGGCAGAGUUGGAGAAAUUGGAUCUCAAUGGUAACUGUCUGGGAGAAGAGGGAUGUGAGCAACUCCAUGAGAUUCUUGAAGGCUUCAAUAUGGCAACUGUGCUGGGAUCUUUGAGUGAUGAUGAAGGGGAGGAGGAAGAUGAUGAAGAGGAGGAGGAGGAUGAAGAUGAAGAGGAAGAAGAGGAGGAAGAACAGCAACAGCUGAAGGAGAGAGGACAGGGAGAACAGGAGUCACUGACUCCUAAGAAGAUAAUUGAUUCACAGGAUUCAACUCCAGUGCCAUCUCCUCCUGUGGACAUUGCCGCAUUCCUUGCUUUCCCAUCACCGGAGAAGCUGCUGCGACUAGGACCAAAGUGCUCUGUGCUGAUAGCUCAGCAGACAGAUACAUCUGAUGUAGAGAAAGUAGUUACAACGCUCCUAAGGAUAUCCUCGGUUUUCAAAGAUGAAGCCCCAGUGAAAACAGCAGUGCAUGAAACAACAGAUGCCUUGAUGAAAAAAGCCUUCACUUCUGCCACAUUUAAUUCGGAUGCAUUUGUCACAAGCCUCUUGGUCCACAUGGGACUACUUAAGAGUGAAGAGAAGGUCAAAGUUGCCCCAAGCCUCUAUGGUAUUCUUAUGACCCUGAACCAUAUGGUCCAGCAAGAUUAUUUCCCUAAAUCUCUGGCCCCAGUUCUCUUGGCUUUUGUCACAAAACCAAACCGUGCUCUUGACUCCUGUUCUUUUGCUCGCCACAUGCUCUUACAAACCCUCCACCAGCUGUAGGAGACAAGAGAUGUGCUGCUGUGCCCUUCCCUCCUUUUAGGACUGUCGUCAGCAGAGAACUGAGAGCUGCAUGGUGGGAGAGGAUCCUAGAGCCCAUACAGACACACUGUCCAUUCUUCUUUCUUUUCCCUUUUUUUCUUCUCCUCCCACUCCCUGUAGCUCUGUCCUUCCUUCUGCUUUCAUAAACUUGGACAAAUCAUGCUGAUUUUUUUCUCUUCUUACUCUUCAUAAAGUGACUCCCUGGUCUGCAGGGCAGGUGCUUAUGCUAGAGUAUGUCAGUGCUGCUCUGAGCUCCGCAUGAAUUGAAGAGUUCUCCAGUUUGGUUGCGUUGGCAAGGGUGUGCCAAGACUAACCCAGGGCCCAGAAGUGCUCUCAUCAGGAUCAACCCAGUUGUGCAUUUUAUUUUAUUGGACUGUGACUCCUGCUUGAUAGCAUUCACAACUGUGCAGGAGGGAGGCAACAAUGCUCCUGCCCCUGCUUCUUCAGGCCAGGGGUAGUGCUUGACCCCCUUCUGCUGCUGCCAGGUCAGAGGGGCAAGCUGUGCCCCCCUUUGCUGCUUCUUUCAAGACCAUUUGUUGAUGGCAGUGUAUGGCUGGUUUGUAUCUUAAGAUAUACUGCUCCCCUGCUGCUGUGGCUUGGAGCAUCUGUGUAGUGUGGCUAACCCUGUUGGCCAUUGCUUAAGGGAGCAAGCGUAUUUUUAUUGUGAAUGUUUUUGCCAUUGCCUGUGUUGUUCCUUCUUCCUGCCCCUUCCCUGUUCCUUUCCCUUCUCUUCCUAAUUAAAUAGGCUUGGCUUGGAAAUGAAUACAAAAAUCCCUGUGGAAUACAUGUUCCCUUUCUCCUGCCUUUGACAAAACAGUGGGACUAUGUGCGCUGUGUGUGUGUUUGAAAGCUGAGCACAUACAAGAGCAUGAAGAAUUAGGGCUGUGCUGAUCAUUCUUGGGUUGGGCAGUUCUUUUUUUCUUGUAAUGAAGUAGCAGCACAUGCCCCUAAAUCUGUGUGGAGGAUUGUCCAUGGGCCUGCACAUGUUUGUGGCAUCUACCUGUACCACUUCUGAGCACAUAGGCUCAUCCAGCUCCCUCCUCUUCUUUCAAGCCCCUGAGAAAUCAACUCAUCUCUCUUUCUUCAGGUCGCAAAAAGUUGUUCCUUCCCUCUCUAUUUUCAGUUGGAGAAGACUGUUCACCUCCCUUAACCGGCCUUGCAGUCAACGUGCAGUACAAAUAGGGCCAGUGCCAGGAAAGGAGUCAAGGAAAUGGAGUUAGCUGUCCCUUCGGUGCGAGAGGCAACGUGUACCACAGCUAGCCUAAAUGCAGGAAAAGCUGGUGUUCACUCCAGUGUGUACAGGCACCAUGGAGAGAAAAAAAGGGGUUGGGGUACUGGAUCAAAAUAAAGUAUGUGGUAUUGUGCAAGA